AUAAAGGUGGUAAUUAAGUGGAGAAAUCAUUUUCAAUGGAGUUGAUAAAUUGGUUGUUGUUGAUUCUUGCUUGUGUGGGUUUUGUUUUAGGGUUUGGGGUUUUGAAGAGAUUGAAUAAUUUGUAUUAUGCAUUGAAGUUAGGGAAGAAAUGGGAUGAGCUUCCUCCUGGUGAUCUAGCUUGGCCAUUUCUUGGUUCUACUUUAUCCUUCCUCAAAUAUUUUACUCUUGGUCCACCACACGAUUUUAUUGGUCACUUUUCCAAAAGAUAUGGGAAAGUUGAUAUGUACAAGACUCACAUGUUUGGAAAACCAACCAUAAUUGUCUGCAAAUCUGAAAUAUGUCGUCAAGUAUUAAGCGACGAUGGAACCAAAUUUGUUCCUGGUUAUCCCUCCAACAUGAAAGCUUUAUUUGGUAAGAAAUCAUUGCACGGAGUCUCCAAAGCGGAGCACCGGAAGCUCCGAAGGCUAACAACAACACCGAUCAGCGGUCACGCAGCACUCGAGUUGUACAUUGAUCAUAUUGAACAAACAGUGAUCAGUGGGUUGGAGGAAUGGUCAAGCAUGGAGAAGCCAUUGGAGCUAUUGACUGUAAUAAAGGAGCUUACCUUCAAAAUUAUUUGGAACAUUUUUAUGGGUUCAACUCCAAUAGAAGAUAUUUCCAUGUCAGAAAUGGAGAAUUUGUAUAAUGAUAUUGCAGUUGGGUUAUUCUCUUUGCCCCUCAACUUUCCUGGCUUCUCCUUCCAAAAAUCACUCAAGGCUAAAAGAAGAUUGCAUGAAAUACUUCAAUCUAUUGUGAAAGAGAAGAGAUUGGUGAAGAAAAGGAAAAUGGAAAGUUGGGAAGCAAAAGAUAUGAUGGAUUUGUUGAUAGAAGUGAGAGAUGAAGAUGAUGAAGGGAUUGAUGAUGAAACCAUUGUAGAUUUGAUAUUUGGUAUGUUAUUUGCAGCCCAAGAAAGUUCAGCUGUCACAACAAUGUGGGCAACUUUGUUUCUUACAGAUAAUCCACAUGUAUUCCAAAAGGUCAAGGAAGAACAAGAAGAUGUCAUUAAACAAAGACCUCCAACACAAGAGGGUAUAAAUCUCUCGGAGAUUAAACAAAUGAAAUUUCUUUCUCAGGUAAUAGAUGAGACGCUUCGUGCCAGCAAUAUUUCAUUUGCAGUUUUUCGUGAAACAACGGUGGAUGUUAAAAUUAACGGUAAAAUUAUACCAAAGGGAUGGAAAGUUCUUCUUUGGCUUCGAGAGCUUUACAUGGAUGAAAAACUAUAUCCUUCCCCACAACACUUCAAUCCUUCAAGAUGGGAUGAUUUUAUAGGUAACCCAGGGGCUUUUAUUCCCUUUGGAUUAGGAAUUAGAAUGUGCCCUGGACGUGAUCUUGCCAAGCUCAAGAUCUCGAUUUUCCUUCAUUAUUUCUGUCAUAACAAAUAUAUCAUGAUGUUGGAACGUAAAUACAGGGUGGAACGCCUUAAUCCUCAAUGUCAAUUAAAUUACUUACCAUCUCCUCAGCCAAAAGACAAAUGCUUAGCAAGAGUGCUGAAAGCUGCAUGACAAUUACCAUAAACUGCUCCUCAAUGGUCUUCUUUGGAGAAACAAAUAAACUUUAUGAUUAUAUAAUUAUAAUUUCGUUGUUGUGUAGUGUAUAUGUGUAUUCAUUGCACACAUCAAAUUAUAAAUACUUUAUUUAUUAUUGUUGUUGUUAUGAAAACUUUUACUUUUUCUAUACAAAUUCUUGAAUCAUACAUGUAUUAUCUAUUGAAG